AUGUCUACGUCGUGGAAGUCGACACUGAAGCUGCCGACGUCGACUUUUCCUGUCCGUCCCAACCCCAAGUUACAAACGAUAUACUUUCGACAAUGCACCGAUGAGCUGUACGCCUGGCAAUCUGCGGAACGAGCGAAAGAGUCCACCUUCAUUCUCCACGAUGGGCCACCAUACGCCAAUGGCCCAUUGCACAUUGGACAUGCAGUCAACAAGAUCCUCAAGGACAUCAUAGUUCGCUACCAAGUCCAGCUUGGUAAACGUGCCGUCUACCGACCUGGCUGGGACUGUCAUGGACUGCCCAUUGAGCUGAAGGCUCUCGGUUCCGGCAAUGGUGAAGGCAUGGGCCCGGUCCAAAUCCGUGACAAGGCCAAGCGGUUGGCCUCCAAGACUGUGGAAGCGCAGACAAAGGGAUUCAAGGCUUUUGCCGUCAUGUCUGAAUGGGACAACAAGUGGACGACGUUGGAUAGUGGCUAUGAGGCAAGACAGCUUCGCGUCUUUCAGAAACUGGUCCGACACGGGCUGAUCUACCGGAAGCACAAACCAGUACACUGGUCCACCACGACACGCACUGCGCUCGCGGAAGCAGAGUUGGAGUACAAGGACAAUCACGAAUCGACCUCAGCCUACGUCAAGUAUCCGAUUGUUUCUGACUGGAAAGUGGUGCCGGGUUUGUCCAAUGUGCAGGUGCCCUUGUACGCAGCGGUUUGGACCACUACGCCAUGGACUCUCCCAGCAAACAAGGCGAUUGCCGUUCACGACGAGAUAUUGUACUCAGUGCUGCAAGUUGGCGAAUACGCACUUUUGGUAGCCAAUACGCGGGUCGAAGCUGUCAAGGCAUUCGUGCCUAAAGCUCACAUCUUGGUCGAAGAUAUUGCUGGUUCGUUGUUCGCUGGCCUGGAAUAUCACAAUAGACUACAAGGCUUGGAGUCUUCAGCCCAACCCAUCAUACACGCAGACUUUGUCACGGCAGAUUCGGGUACAGGACUUGUCCAUGUGGCCCCCGGGCAUGGCCAGGAUGACUACGAAGCCUGCGCUAAGCUCGGUAUCGAGGCAUUCGCGCCUAUCACAGACGACGGGCACUUUACCCAGGAGGCUUUCCCAGAAGAUCCCGACCGGUUGACGUCGGCCCCUACCAUUCUAGACGGAGGCAGCCAGGCUGUUUUGGAUAUUGUGGCAGAUGAUGUACUUGGCACCCAGGUCAUCCAGCACAAAUACCCCUACGACUGGCGGACUAAAAGACCAGUUGUGAUCAGGGCUACAGCCCAAUGGUUUGCAGACGUCGCGAAUAUCAAGGAAGAUGCACUCAAGGCCCUCGAAUCUGUCCGAUUUGUGCCUGAAGUUGGAAGGAAUCGUCUUGAACAUUUCAUUAAGGGAAGGAAUGAAUGGUGUAUAUCGCGACAGCGUUCUUGGGGUGUACCCAUUCCAGCUCUCUACAGCGCAGACGGAGAUGCCAUUAUGACAGAAGAGACCAUCGAACACAUUAUCGCCGUGAUGAAGCAAAGGACAUCCCAGGCAUGGUUCGCCGACGAUCCUGAUGAUCCGGCGUGGAUUCCUGCCAGUCUGCAAGGCAAAGGAAGCUAUCGACGUGGGACCGACACUAUGGACGUGUGGUUUGAUAGCGGCACCAGUUGGACCGAGACGGCGGAGCAGGCCGAUGUUUACCUUGAAGGCAGCGAUCAACAUCGUGGCUGGUUCCAGUCAAGUCUCUUGACAUACGUCGCAGCGCAGAAGGCAGACGGCGCUGACCGAUCCAACAUCUGCGCUCCUUUCAAGACUCUCAUAACGCACGGGUUCACCCUUGAUGAACAAGGGAAGAAAAUGUCCAAGUCACUGGGCAACACGAUAGCGCCAGAACAAGUCAUGGACGGCACACUAUUACCCAUGGUCAAGGGGAAGGGCAAAGCCGCCCCCAGGCAUGACGCACUGGGCCCUGACGCAUUGCGAGUCUGGGCAGCCAUGUCCGACUACACUACCGACAUUGUGAUCGGAACUGGUGUCCUCCAGUCAGCCCACAGCGCGCUGAUACGCUACAGGAGCAUCAUCAAAAUGCUGUCAGGAUCACUCCACGAGUCCGCACGCAGUGCGCCGCUCACUAAGCUUGACCAGAUCGCACUGCUACAGCUUUCUGACACCAUGACACAGGUUCAGGGUUCAUACGAAAAGUUUGAAUUCCACCAGGGGAUCCAAGCAUUGAAUCGGUGGUUGAGUAACGACCUGUCGGCUUUCUACUUGGAGUGCUUGAAGGACAGGCUCUACUGCGGAGACGGUGGAGGCAUUAUUGAGCCCAUCUUCAAUGGUCUUCUGCGCAUGCUUGCACCUAUCACCCCGAUGCUAGUCGAAGAGGCUUGGGCCCACCGGCCCGAGUGGCUGCAAAAGGAUCAAUCCUGUGAACAUCCAGCACGAGCAUUGUACACGGACCCUGUUGUUGAUCGUAGCCGAUUGAACUCCGAAGAGUCGAUCCUACGUGCAGAUUGGGAGGUGCUGACGCCCGUCCGAGACGCGGUCAAGCAGGCUUUGGAGCACUGCCGAACGCAGAAGCUGAUCGGAAGCUCCCUUCAGUGCUCAUUGGUUAUUCGUACCGAGGAGGGACACAAUGCUCUCACAGAGUGCUUGAGUCGCUGGCGUGAUGAGCUGCCCAGCAUUCUCGUCGUGUCUUCAGCACACAUUGACCGGCCAGGCCCGACAGAGCCGGCUUGGUCACACGAGCAGGCUUUCAAAGUCGCUGGAGACAAGGCUGUCCUGACGGUGUAUCCUCCAUCUGCUGCCAAGUGCCCACGCUGCUGGAACUACACGGCGCCCUCGGAAGACGAGCUGUGCAAGCGAUGCAACGACGUUGUUGCCGCGCUACCGGUGGCCCAAGCGACCCCCACGACACCCGACCGAGCGAUGAGAUCGAGCGAGGAAACGGGCGAGUCAAGCCAGUCGGGCAGCCUCCGCCGCGUCGCGACACCAUCGACCGCCACGACAGACAGGAGCCGCAAUGCGUCAGGUAGCGACGUCAUGGGUCAAGCUUCCAGCCCGGUUGGCCAACAGCCGGGGGGAGACUCGCUACGAAGUCGACGCCGGAUUAAGGGCCGGUCGACUGGUGGCUUCCUCCUGCAGGAUAAUCCCAUUGUGAACAUGGCCCUGAGCCUCGGCGAGUCUCGAGGUGCCGCGUCCAGACGAUAUGGGCCCCGAUCGAAUCCGCCACGUUUGGCACCUCUGCCAGAUCCAGCAUCUAAGAGCAACCUGCGGCAGCACUUUCAACAACAGCGGAGGACAUCUCAAGCCGGGUCGCCCAGGUUAAGUCCAGGGGCGUCAUCAAGGUUGCCGUCUGGACACCGGGCCAGCAGCCCCAUGCACUCUAGUCAAGACAAUGGCCACGAUGGGUCUUACCAAUACCAAUUCUCGGCAGCAACACUGGCCAGGGCACAGAAAGCCAAAGAGCACCUUGAGCUGCUGGCCGAGUACCGACGUCUGUUGACGAGCUUGCCGCCCCUCAGACCCGAAUACAAUACACAAUCGGGGUCUGCCCCUGGGUCGCCGAGUCUUGCACCCAAAGGCUCUUCUAGUACCAGCAAAGGGGGCCAGCUCACCACGACAAGGUCUUAUAACCCUUUGCAGUACGUCAGAAACCGAAAGGUGCGCGCACGUGAGCGCAAAGUGAUAGAUGGAGAGCUUUUAGGGUUUGGCGACAUUGAGAGCGUGAGAGAGUGGGUGGACAGGGUCACCGAGUCUGGCUACAUAGGUGGACGUGGCAGUGGUGCCGCUUUCACCAUGCCUCGUUUUUCGAACAACCAGGAAUUGAAUCAGCAGGCUUCCACAGACUCCGUACAAGCCAUGCGCGUGAAGCGCCCCCGAGUGGACUGGGUCUUCGACCCGAGCGAUAUGAUUGCUGACGCAUACUGGCUGGAGCAAGACAACCACAAGCAUCUUAUCGAGGAUCGGUUUUGGCGCAAGAUUUUCCCGCCACCAUCUCAGGACGCGCUGCAGCCUACUUCUGGCAAAGUCGACGAGGCUGAUCAGAAAAUGGUGCCUAUGUCAUUGACUGAUGCGGAACACGAUGAUAAGGCACACGAUCUGCGCCUUAUCCACACGAAUGAAAGUAUUGAAGGACGGAGAGAUCGCGCAAAACAGAAAGUAUACGACAUGAGGCCUUUCCAUCAUCGACACAAUAGCUCGGGAUAUGGUACCCAUAGCCUUCUGCGACCAAAAAAGGGCUCUGUCUCUGACCAUUCCGGUAGUGACAGUGAGCACAGGCCGGAGCCCAAGCGAUCAAGGACACGAGGUCGUCGGGACACUAUCACGAGCGACACAAGUGACCUGUUGCAGAAGCAGAUGAACCGAGUCAUGGCACAAGAAGAACAGGCGGAAGAGCUGGCGCACGUAACAGAAACGGAAGCCGAGCACAAGCUUGAUGAGCAAGGCUUGAGCUCGCCAGCAAAGACUCCAUCUGCUUCAGGCCAAACACACAGUCACAAUCACAGCCGCAAGACCUCAGUGGCCGACUACAGUGAUCCCGACACCAGGCUCAACGGCUUUCGAGCCCAGAUUGAAUCCUCCCUUGGACACAAAUCUGGAAGGCUGAGUCUGGAAGCCCCUCUGCAUCCGCGGCGAAGUUCUUUGAACAAAUAUCAUUCCAAUCCUGCGUCACCCCAGGUGGAGGACGAGAAAGAUCUUACAUCGCCUCCGAAGAUGAACAACAUUGUUUCGGCCGCCUCGAGUCGCUCGGGUUCACCUACUCGCAACCCUAUUUCCAAAAUAAAGAAGAAGCUCAAAGACAGAAGUCGUGACAAUGAGGACGAAUCGCAUUCGGACGCAGAGGAGGAUGGGAAGCGACAAGGCUCUUUCAUGCCUGAGCCGCCCUCACCCUCGGAAAAGCUUGCCACGCGCCGUACCGACGAAAGCUACAGGGCUCACCGGCCCACAAACUCGAUGAAGUUGCGCGGUGACGACCAGGGCAACGGCCUUCGAGGUCUGUUCAAGGGUGGUCCUCGGAUUGACACGGUCUUCCGCGGAGGUGUUGCUAAGAUAGGUGACAUUCUCUGGAAGAAAGACGGCAACGAGAAUGAAAUCGAGGGAGAAACUUCAGAGGAAUCUGAUAAUGACAAUGGGACUGGCCAUAGCAAGCAAACCCCCCCCCUGUCUCGUCGACAAUCCAGACGUGCGCAGGAAGACUCACAAGGCCCGAACGCGAAACACUUCCUCGACAGCUUGCCCGAGUUCCAUCACGUUGGAGAACCAUCCAAAAGGCCAUCUGGUAUUCCGGACUCAAAGUCUGCUGGCAUGAGUCUCUCACGUCCUGUUAGCAGACAAUCAGCGAAAUGGGAACAGCUAAAGCCGCCGCGUAUUGACGUGCGGGACACCUCACCCACCGCGCCCCCAUCAGUGGUCUUUGAGCAGGGUGAGCACGAUGGUUCACCAUGUGGGGGUGAUCAUGGCCAUGAAGCUGGUGGGUUCGGGGGCAAGGACGAGACUCUCAAGAACCUCAUCGAUGCGCAGAUGCUCGAUCCUCGAAGUCGGUCGGCAAGUCGGCAUUGGUCCAUUCACGACCAUGACCCAUCCCCUGAGCGCGCGAGGUUGUCGAAGCGCGAGAUUGCCCGCGUGCGCGCUCUCGUACUCAGCUCGGGUAUCAAAGCAAUGGAGAUCAACCGUCGUGCCCACGAGGAGCAGAAGCCACUUAGUCACGAGCACUUGGCCCUCACCCAGGACGACCCUCGAAGCAAGAUCGGUGGAGUGACAUGGGCAUCCAUCAUGACCCUCACCCCGGAUGUGACCGAGUUUCAGGACCAAGCUGUGGCAACCUGCGACAUGUACCCACUUGCCUCUCGUGCGCUCGGUGCGACAAUGCAAGCCUCGGGACAAAGAUGGCAAGCGUCCGCCGACAAAUUUACGUCGGAGACGACACCAAAACUUCAAGAGCGGAUUCGGAAAGUUUGCUCACGGUUGACGGAUGAUCUGUCCCAAAUGACGCGAAACGCGGCUGAUGAAGCCGACGAAACGAGCAAACAACUCGCUCUGGAUCAGCCUCUGAAAGUCAAGCACGUUGUCGACACGAUCGAGAAACUCCUCCGAAGUCGACGUCGACGUUUCCGCUAUCUGAGACGCGGUUUGUGGCUCGCGGUCGAGUGGGCUCUGGUGGGAUUCAUGUGGUACGUGUGGUUCAUGGUGAUGGUGGUUAGGGUGUUCCUCGGCGUAGGGAGAGGUGCAUUCAGCGCCGUGAAGUGGUUGCUGUGGUUGUAA